AUGUGUUGCAACUACGGGAACUCCUGUGGCUAUGGCUGCGGCUGCGGCUAUGGCUGUGGCUAUGGCUCAGGCUGUGGCUGUGGCUAUGGCUCCCGUUGUGGCUGGGGUUGCGGCUCAGGAUGUGGCUGUGGCUACGGCUCAGGCUAUGGCUGUGGCUAUGGCUCAGGAUGUGGCUGGGGCUAUGGCUCCAGAUGUGGCUGGGGCUAUGGCUCCCGUUGUGGCUGUGGCUAUGGCUCCUGUUGUGGCUGUGGCUAUGGCUCAGGAUGUGGCUGUGGAAAAGGCUCCUGCUGUGGCUGUGGAUAUGGCUCUGGCUCUGGCUGCUGUGGCUACUGGCCAUUUUGCUACAGAAGAUGUUAUUCUUCUUGCUGCUAG